AUGUCAUCUCGCGGGCGAAGCCCCGUGGAAGCUGUGGGAACGAGCCUACGAACCGGCGCGAGAACAUCGACUUCCGAGACUUCGAGUUCUACACCGUUACUCACCCCAUGCACGGGAAUGGGUUUCAACUUCUGGCAAGGCGGGCUUGGAAAUUCCGCAGCCAGCACGCCCCGGAUCCUUGUAGACGACCUUCCCGGAGCAGCAACGGUGUCCGCCGGUAGGCACGAGGUACGAGAGAGCGUCGAGCUGGGACUCGUCGACGGGCUCAACCACGUCCAUAUCUUCAGUGCCGGUGACGGCCUGAGCCUGUCCGAGCUGGAGUCUGCCAUCAACGGCAUAUCGACACCGGAUGCCAGUCGAAGCAGAUCGACGAGCCAGCCUACAACACCCGGAACCUCGGAACAUUUGUCGCCCCCGCUGUUGCCGGCCUCGGCUGGGAGACGACGGUCUACUCCGCGUGUCAGACAGCCUCCUCAUCGUGUGAGCGAUGAGGAACCUCCCCGAGACCGCUUCCACGAUGCCGACUUCCAACAGGCUGUUUCCGACACCAAAGACAUUGUGGCCAAGUUGCAAGACGUUCUGGGUAGUGGCUCUUUACACCUGGAGCCUGACUCUACGGUACAGCGCAUAUACCGCAAUGCUGCUUCCCUAGCCGAGUAUGAAAGUCCCACGAAACGUGUUGUGGGCUUCGUCGGCGAUUCUGGCGUCGGCAAGAGCAGCCUUCUCAAUUGCCUGUUAGAUUUUCCAUCGCUUGCAAGGACUAGCAAUAGCGGAUCCGCCUGCACUUGCAUCGCCACCGAGUACCACUACCACGACAGCAAUGCCUUUGCGAUUGAGAUGGAAUUGUUCGGCCAGGAUGCGCUUGAUGACAUGCUUAAGGAAUUUCUCCACUCAUUUCGGCAGUUUGAGCUCCAUGGAGACGACAUGGUUGGCGAAGAGCGGGAGGAUUGCUCCGAGAGAUCCAAGGUCGCCUGGAGUACUUUGCAAGCCAUGUUCACAGAUCGGCUGGGCAACUCGAGCCGUGUGCUGACCGCUGGCGCCGAGGAGGCCAUACUCGAGACCCUGCGGAUUUGGUCUAGAGACAGCGGCACAGACGAUCUCAGUGACCGGGUUGUGUUUGAUACGUUGGAGGAAUGCUCCGCAUAUCUUGCUCGGUUGACGUCGGAUUCAAGCUUGCCUCAUGAACGUGCAAUAUGGCCUUAUGUGAAGAAAUUAAGGGUGUAUAGCAAUGCACAUGUGUUGAGCAAGGGUCUUAUCUUUGCUGACCUCCCUGGACUACGAGAUCUAAACAGUGCCAGACGCAAUAUUACUGAGCGUUAUAUACUCGAAUGUGACGAGAUUUUCGCCGUCACAGAAAUCUUUCGCGCCGUCACAAAUGAGGGUGUCAAAGAUGUCGUCGACUUGGCAAAAAGAGCUGGGCUAUCAAAUAUUAGUAUUAUAUGCACCAAAUCCGAUGAUAUCAAGCCAUCAGAGGCCAUUAGAGAUUGGAAAGGCAGCAAGGCCAAACAUAUUCAAAAACUUUGGGAUCAAGUUGAUACCACCGAGGACAAAUUGGCUGAAGUCAAAGAAGAACUCGAAGGCCUUGCCGAUGAUGAUGAUGAAGAACUAAACGACGAAGAAUUAGCACUCUGCCAUCAACUCAACAAAAAACAGAAACAGCUCUCUCUGAAACACUACUUGGUGACGAGUCGAAACGAAAAAGUAACAAAGAGCCUUGUCGACCGCUACCAGAAUGAGCUAUCUGGCGACACCGAGCUCAAGGUAUUUUGCACGAGCAAAGACGACUACUGGUCGAAACAUGACCUGCCCCGCGAUGAGGCCCUGCCGCUCCUGGGCCUCAGCGGCAUCAUUACGCUGCGCCGGCACUGCGUCUCCAUUGUCUCCGAGGGUCAGUACCAGAGCGCCGUCAGGUUUAUGCAGCAUGAUGUUGCCGCACUUUUGGCCGACGUUGAGCUCUGGAUACAGCUGGGUGCUCCGAGUCUGGAUGCAGAGAAGAAGAAAGAGAUUCGCGACACCGUGGACGCAAUCGAGAGACGAAUCAAAACUGAACUUGUAGGCCGGUCAUCUCCAUUGAGGAACUUUUCCAGGAUUUUCAUGUCAACCUUUGAAGAACUUGUGUUUGGAGACGAUUCACCCUUUGAUGAGUGGAAUCGAGCCGCGCUCAACGCUUCUGAAGAUUGGGCAGGAUGGCAUCACUCAAGCUACGCUGCCUUUUGCAGAAACCACGGUGCCCAUUGUACACCAGCGGUCGGAGCCCGGAAUUGGAACGAGGAGCUAUCAGAGGCCAUGGUGAGCGAUUUGGGCCAGCCAUGGUCAAGGCUAGUGAACAAUAUCAAGGGCAAACAGAAAAACAUGACAAAUCGGGUCAGUCAAAUGACAGACAGAGUAACUGAAGAUAUAGAUUCGGCAAUUCAAGGGUCCCAGGAUGUGGCUGAUGUCUUGACUGAUGCCUUCGUUUCUCGUCAUAAUGUAAUCAAUGACGGGCUGCGCUCAAUUGCAGAUGUAUUGAGCUCAGAAUUGACAAUUUUGAGGACCGACGUUUUUUCUGGUAUCCGCACUUCAUUCCUGGGCCAGACCAUGGAGCCAGCUUACCGAGGUUGUAUCAGUGAAUACGGUCCGGGUAGCGAUCGACGGCGUAAAGGCAUCAUGAGGAACCACAUAUCGCGAAACAUGAUCUUCGAGGGUAUACUCAGACGAGCCAAGGACUGCUUUAGGGAAUUGGUACAGAAAUGUGAGGCGGAUGUUCGGGUCCUGCUUACAGAUCAGUUCGAGGAGCUACAGGCAACGUUGGAUAUCAUCCGCACCGAGAAUACCGCCACGGAUGGCGAGCAGGAUCCGGAGUUUCGCGAUCGCGUACAGCUCACAGCACAUGCGGCAAGGGAGAUACUGGGACGGGCGAGAUCAGUGACAACAACUGAAGAUUCUUGA